UCUGUUUUUGGCAACGAAGGUUUUCUACAGCAAACAUGGUCAAGCAGGAAUUGUGAGGUACUUUGACACUGUACAGAGACAGAUAAAUGCAAGUGAGAAUGUAGCCUAUAACUCAAGAGUAACUUGAACAAUAAACUGCAUUAGUAGAUAUACAAACUAACAGAGCAAACUUAAAAGGGCUUUUAAAAUGGCAGAUCCAAUGGUUGAUCAAAUGACAAGACUGAGGCUGAAACUGCUGGAAAAGAGACUGGAAAAUGAGAGAAAUGACAACCAUGAACGAGAGGGUUCAGCAUUUUCCACAAGAAGUUAUGAUGGGGAGGCAGAUGCAUUACACAGUGCUCUGAGACGGAAGAGAAACCUGCUACAGAGACUAAGGGAUCAGCAUAUGAUGGAGGAUCUAGGAAGGCCACACACAUGGGGUGGAUCUCACAGGCCAUAUCAGUAUGAACCUCUGUAUUGGCCACCCCAGCCAGUGCCUCCCAUCCAUAUCCACCAGAGUCCACAACCUGCACCUGCACCAGUCUUUCCACUCCCUCCUCCUGCCCCCCAGCCCCCUAGAAUCAUUCAACACACCGUUCCCCAGCAGCCAGCCACCAUAAUCCAGCAGUUACCACAGCAACAACCUCUCAUAGCACAAAUUCCACCCACACAAACCUCCCACUACAGAUCAGGAAGUAUUAAAGAAGACAUGGUGGAGUUGAUGUUAAUGCAGAAUGCUCAGAUGCACCAGAUCAUAAUGCACAAUAUGAUGCUGAAGGCUCUUCCACCAACGGCUAUUUCCCCAGGAGGAGGUGCCGCUCAAGCCACACAUUCAGGGCAGGAACUUUAUUCCAAAUUGAGAGGAGGGGCCAUCCAUCAUCACCAUCACUAUGGCUCAAAUGGACCACCUCUCCCUCCAAUUGGCUACUCUGUUUGGCCCUCUUUGAUGCCAGCAGGACAAGGCGGGACUUAUCAGCCAUCAGUGCAGCAUGUGAUUGGUCCAGGAACUCUGCCCCCUUUAAACACAUAAGAUCGUCAAUGUAUUAAUACAGUAUGUAUACUGUAUACUGUGUAAAGUAAAAAUAACCUGACAUUUAACAUUUAAAAAUGCAUAAGAAACGACUUAAAUCUUAAAAUCUUGUCUAGUUUACUAGCAGGACCUCAACUCCACCUUAUCAUUAAAAAACAUGGUCUUAGCAUGUGGCCUUAACAUAUGGCCUUACAGUCAGCUGUCACCAGAAGUGAAGAAAAUGCUCAAACUAAUAAUUUAAACAAUAUA